CGGGAGACUCUGACAUGACGGCAGUGCUUCUUGUCCUCAGCGGGGAUCAUGAAGUUUUUUUAAGCAGCUGUGAAUUUUCUCUGGAUUAUAACUUUGUCCUUUUUGUGUUGGACUCUGGGAUCUGAUCCAACCUGCGGGGAAAACUUUUCCAGAAGCGUCAUCUUUGCCUUUCUAACAUGCGCCUCAGCCGCUUUGUUCCUGUGCUCGUUUUGUGCUUCUCAGCUGGCUCUGGUACCACAGUUCAUGACACCUACAAUGACUUUGCAGAAGAAGACAGCACUCCUCAGCUAGACUACAAAGCAGACCCACACUGGUGUCAUUCUCCCGGUCUGACCAAUGGGGAGGUGACCUGCUACUCUCCUCGAGGUGGGGCUCACCGGAGCACACUGGGCACCCGCUGUGAGAUGAGCUGCGAUCGAGGAUACCGACUGCUGGGGAGGAGCUCAAUCCGCUGCCUCCCCAGCCGACGCUGGUCUGGGACUGCUUACUGCCGCAGGAUGCGUUGCCAUGUGCUGCACCUCAUUGAACACGGCAGAUACACCUGCACUAAUGGCUUUGUGGUGGACUCAAGGUGUGACUUCACCUGCAACCCCGGCUAUCGCAUCGAGGGGCAACACUCGCGCACCUGCCUGCACGGGCCGUCGUGGAGCGGAGCACAGCCAGUUUGCUCCGAUACUGAUCCUCCAAAGAUCAAGUGUCCUCCCUCCAGACUCAAGGCCGCCGAGCCUGGAAAACUCACGGCUAUGGUGACCUGGGACCCCCCAACUGCGACAGAUACAGCUGAUAAAUCACUCAAUGUCAUAUUAGUAGGCCAGGAGCCAGGCACCGACUUUAAAGAAGGAGCAAACAUUAUCCGAUACAAAGUGUACGAUCAAGCCAGGAACAGAGCUGCCUGCAAGUUCAUUGUACGUGUUGAGGUGAGGAGAUGUCCUGAUUUAUACCCGCCUCUGCAUGGCUACCUCACCUGCUCCUCUGAUGGGAAUAACUACGGUGCAACAUGUGAAUACCACUGUGACGGAGGAUAUGAACUGAGGGGCAUAUCUAGUCGUGUCUGCCAGUUCAACCGCAACUGGGGCGGAAACCCUGCUGAGUGUGUUCCAAUGGAGAUUAAAUCAGAUGUGAAGACAGUGUCCGCUCUCCUGGAUCAGUUCUACGAAAAGAGGAGGCUGCUGAUCAUGUCUGCACCCAACAUAUCCAACCCAGACUACCAGCUGCAGAACAUCAUGAUACAAAAGUCAGACUGCGGAUUAGACCUGCGACACGUGACCGUGAUUGAGCUCCUGGGCUCCCCGCCUCGCGAGACGGGUCGCAUUAAAGAAAGUCUGCUCGGCUCUGAAGUCAUCGAGGGCUUGAGACAAGUGUUCAGAAUCUCCAGAUCCUACUUCAGCAUGGUGCUGCUGGACAAGCUCGGACUGGACCGAGAGCGCUUCAUCACCCCGAUGGCAUCAGAAGAGCUGUUCUCCUACAUCGAUAGCUUCCUCCUGGAUGAAGAAGAACGAGAGAGGCUGGAGCUCCACAGAGACUUCUGUGACUAAUUUCGUAAACCACUCUGGUUGCCACAGUGAUAAACUCAUCAGUAUUGCGAACACAAGAUGAGAAAUGACAACCAACCGGGAAACCAGGUCCAGAUGGACAUUAGGAGAGAAAAGAGGACAGGACAGCAGUUCUCAUGUUCAAAUGUGAUUGCAGCACAACACUGAAGUGCUGGCACUGUUUUCUAUAUAGGAAAUUAUCAACUGAAAAGAUGUGGAGGCCAGUAAAUGGACAUCACAGCUACAGAAAAUAUAGCAGAAGCUUGAGUAAAAGACAAGUAAACAAAAACACACAUUUUGAACCACAGAUGCAUUUUGUUGGAUGCACGAUGUGGAUUAAUAUUUUUGUGAAGGGGCCCUUUAAUGGGAACUAAAACCAGCAGUCACUUCAACAACAUAGGAACACUUUCAAUCAUUUUCUUAUCCAGCUGGUAUUUCAGAGUAAUACAGAGUUGAGACAAUCAACCAUGUCUUGGGUUUAGACAGCUUUUAUUGGGUGAAGAGAAUAUUCAAGGACACCUUGAGGUGAACAUGGCUCUGAGGAAACACACUCUGAUGAGUUCAAAAUCUAUAUUUAUAUCUGAAAAGAGACAUUUAAUAAUUUCAAAUAAGGUUUUUUUAAUGCAACUUAUGUCAAUAUACUUUUACGUGACAGUAUUAUUAAAGUAGGCAAAAUUUGUUGGAUGCAACACCACAAAUUUUGUGUACUACCAUAUUAUAAUGAAUUGUUUCCCACGUAUCGGUGUAAUUCUGUACACAAUUAUAAAGUGUGACACAUUAUGACAACGCUGCUGUGCUAAGUGCUGUUCAUGAAUCAGAAUUGCUUUAAUAUAUACAGCCUGAUUUUAAAAACAUAAAAUGACUGUCAGUGCUCUUAAAAUAAAUCCAGGGUUAAGUGUGAUGCUUUGGCACAUUUUCAGCAGUUACACCAGUCUUCUGCGGUCAGUGGGGGGUGG